AUCGGGCCAGGGUGAUGGUGCAGGUGCCGGUGGCCGGCGCUGUGCUGCCGGGCUGAAGGGCGCCUGGUCCAGGGUCCGCAGCGCCGCCGCGUCGCUCCCGGGGACGGGCGAGCGGGCGGGAAGAUGCUGAGCAGGUUGAUGAGCGGCAGCAGCAGGAGUCUGGAGCGCGAAUACAGCUGCACCGUGCGGCUGCUGGACGACAGCGAGUACACCUGCACCAUCCAGAGAGAUGCCAAAGGCCAGUACCUGUUUGACCUCCUUUGCCACCACCUGAACCUGCUUGAGAAAGACUACUUCGGGAUUCGCUUUGUGGACCCAGAUAAGCAGCGGCACUGGUUGGAGUUUACAAAGUCUGUGGUGAAGCAACUGAGAUCCCAGCCUCCAUUCACCAUGUGUUUCCGUGUGAAAUUUUACCCUGCAGACCCUGCUGCCCUGAAAGAAGAAAUAACCAGGUACUUAGUCUUCCUUCAGAUCAAAAGGGAUCUCUACCAUGGCCGCCUCCUCUGUAAAACGUCAGAUGCUGCCUUGUUAGCAGCUUAUAUCCUUCAAGCGGAGAUUGGGGAUUAUGACCCAGGGAAACAUCCUGAAGGCUACAGCUCCAAAUUCCAGUUUUUUCCUAAACAUUCAGAGAAGCUGGAAAAGAAAAUUGCUGAGAUUCACAAGACUGAACUCAGCGGUCAAACACCAGCAACAUCUGAGUUGAAUUUCUUAAGAAAAGCGCAGACAUUAGAGACAUAUGGAGUGGAUCCUCACCCAUGUAAGGAUGUUUCGGGAAAUGCUGCAUUUCUGGCCUUCACUCCUUUUGGGUUUGUUGUUCUUCAAGGAAACAAGAGAGUCCAUUUCAUUAAAUGGAAUGAGGUGACCAAACUGAAGUUUGAAGGAAAGACUUUCUAUUUAUAUGUCAGUCAGAAAGAGGAAAAAAAAAUUAUUCUCACAUAUUUUGCUCCAACCCCAGAAGCCUGCAAGCACCUGUGGAAGUGUGGGAUCGAGAACCAAGCCUUCUACAAGCUGGAGAAGUCGAGCCAAGUUCGCACAGUGUCCAGCAGCAAUUUAUUCUUUAAAGGGAGCCGGUUCCGAUACAGUGGCCGAGUUGCAAAGGAAGUCAUGGAAUCAAGUGCCAAGAUCAAACGGGAGCCACCAGAAAUACACAGAGCAGGGAUGGUUCCCAGCCGGAGUUGUCCCUCCAUAACCCAUGGCCCACGGCUGAGCAGUGUCCCCAGGACUCGCAGAAGAGCUGUUCACAUCUCCAUCAUGGAAGGACUUGAGUCCCUGCGAGACAGUGCCCAUUCCACACCUGUACGUUCCUCUUCCCAUGGGGACACUUUCUUGCCUCACGUGAGAAGCAGCCGGGCAGACAGCAAUGAGCGGGUAGCUGUGAUUUCAGACGAGGCCUACAGCCCUGCAGAUAGUGUGCUGCCCACCCCCGUGGCCGAGCACAGCCUGGAGCUGAUGCUACUUUCCAGGCAGAUCAAUGGAGCCACGUGCAGCAUCGAGGAGGAAAAGGAAUCUGAGGCCAGCACCCCAACUGUUGCAGAAGUGGAGGCCCUCGGAGGAGAGCUGAGGGCCCUGUGUCAGGGGCACAGCAGGCCAGAGGAAGAACAGAGUGGGCAUCUGAAGGGACCACGGCUACAGCAGCAGCCGCUGCAGGGGUGGGGUAAGUCUGUCCCCUUAGACUAGAGCCCAGUGGGCAUCACUAUAGGUUUUAAUGAUUUGUUUCUUUCUGAAGAACCUCAAGACUCUUCUAGUGCUUGGGGAUGUUAAUGCAGUCAGUGCAGUAGUACCACAGAUUACUGUCCACAAUGUCCGACCAUGCAGUUACAGACACCUGUGCUGUUACCUGAGAGCCUAUGAGAUGCAGGGAGCAGUGCUUAUUUUGUACAGAGUGUCCCCUCCAAAAAAGACUAUUUCAAUUUCUAUUUUAAGAGCAAAAUGUCAUUUUCUUAUAUCUUCAUAUUUUGUUUUUACUUUAUGGACUAAGAAAAUAGAACCUGAUGAACUAAAAGAUGCAAGAAUGAAACGAUCUCUCAGGAAAGCACUGAGAAAUAGAAUUCCAAGAACAACAAACAGCCUUGGAAGGGACUGGGAAAAGGAUUUAUUUAAACAGAAUUUCUAAGAGAUGCCUACAGAAGACAGAAGGUGAACACGGCAGAGACUAACACUUAGCUGUAGAAAUGCCGCCCCUAGGGUCAUCCUCUGCCUCUGAAAAACACCUGCCAUCAGCUCACAGAUAUACAGGUACACCAGGGGAGUGUGAGUCCCUAGGCCCAGACUCUGCACUUCUUAAAAACGAUCACACAGAAAAUACUGUUUUCAUCUCAGGGAGAGAUUUCUCAGUCAUCUGAGGUCCAAGGACAUAGUUAAGACAGUCAGUGAGCAAACUCCCAGGACAGGGACAGUAGUAGGGCAGUUGCAUCAAGGAUGCUGAAGAGCCCCAAAUGCAGAACAGAUUGAGUCGUGGUAGAUUUGGGGUCCUGUUCUGCUGCCUGAGGUGGCAGAACCAUGCCCAUGUGCAGAAUAUAAGCAACCAUGGGAAAACCAGUUGGGAUGGCAGCGAAGACAUUUACAUAAUUUAAAGAAAGAUGCCCUUACUAUCUAGACCAGAGGUCAAACUUCUCCUGAAGUGCCAGGCAGUAAUUUGUCAUUUAUUAUUUUGGUUUUGUUGCCCAUACUCUGCCAUCACAGCACCCCACAGAUAAUGCAUGCAUGAAAGAACAUGGCUGUCUGUUCCAAGAAAACUACAGAAUCUGACAGGAUAGCGUUGGGAUAUAGCUCUAUCAGUAGAGUACUAGCCUUGCAUGCAUGAGGCCCUGGAUUUGAUCCCCAGCACUGCAUAAAACCAAGUGUGGUAGCACAUGC